CAACUAACUCGUCAAUUUCAUUUCUUUUCUUAUCUUUGCAUCUCAUGAUACUCUCUUAAGAAUAUUCUUUGUAUUAAUUAAUUUGAUUUUGAUCGUGUUUUCAACUUCAUACAAGCAUCAUAGUGAAGGUUUUUAAUUAGUAAAGCAUAAUUGGAUGGAAGUACCAGUAGGGUUCUUGGCUAAGCUUUGGAGCUUUAUAUCAUUUCUUCCUUUCUUCUUCUUGCUCUUCAUCCUUGGCCUUCUCAAAGGAUUAAUAAUUGGCCCCAUUGUGACAGUCAUCAUAUCAGUUGGGAAUUCAGCAGUUGUAAUUGGACUAUGGCCAGCACAUUUUAUCUGGACCUACUUCUGUGUUGCAAAAACCAAAAGGCUUGGAUGGGCAUUGAAGAUUGCACUUCUGGUUUCAUUGCCAGUUCCUCUUAUUCUUUGGCCCAUUAUAGCCAUUAUUGGGAGUGUUCUUGGUGGGAUAGGUUACGGUUUUUUCGCUCCUUUGAUUGCAACUUUUGAGGCUAUUGGAGAGAAUAUCCCUUGCAAGGUCUACCACUGCUUUCUGGAUGGUUGUAUUUCCACUCUUAAAGGGAGCUGCACAGUAGUUCGGGAUUUUACAGACUUUUGCUUCCACUCUUACUUUUCUUACAUGGACGAGCUUUCUGAGGAAAUGCAUCCAGAUGAAAAACCUAUAGAAGUGAAGUUGUCAAAGCUGCCAAGUUGCAUUUUGGUUUCUCUGCUUGCAAUUCCAGUGGAUGUGCCGUUUAUUACAGCUCUUGCUGUUUGGAAGAGCCCAUUCAUGCUGUUCAGAGGCUGGAAGAGGCUACUAGAAGACUUAAUUGGAAGGGAGGGCCCAUUUCUGGAGACUGUUUGUGUUCCUUUUGCUGGCCUUGCAAUCUUUUUGUGGCCUUUAGCUGUUGUCGGAUCUGUGAUAGCAUCCUUCUUUUCAAGUUUUGCUCUCGCACUUUACAGCGGGGUUGUGGUCCAUCAGGAAGACUCAUUUCGCAUGGGACUUGCAUACAUCCUAGCAGCCGUUUCCAUAUUUGACGAAUACACAAACGACCUACUUGACAUGAGGGAAGGGUCAUGCUUCUCAAGGCCUCGAUAUCGAAGAAAUAUGAACUCCUCUGGAGGCCUUGACAGUAAGAAAUCAAUUGAGCAGAAGAUUGAAAAAGAAGGAUCACGCAACUUGAAGCUUGUUUCGCAUGGAUCAAAAACCCUGAAACAGACAAUCCAACAGUAUACACCCAUGCAGGUAUGGGGUUGGCUCUUUAAAUCCUGUGAGGUCAAUGGAAGAAUACUCCUACGUGAAGGCCUGAUAGACGUCAAAGAUAUUGAGGAAUGUAUUGUGAAGGGGGACUGUAAGAAGCUAGGCAUCAAAUUACCUGCUUGGUCCAUUCUACAGUGUCUGCUUGCAUCUGCAAAAUCGGACUCUCCGGGCCUGAUAAUUUCUGAUGAAGUGGAAUUGACAAAGUCUAACUGGCCAAAGGAUAAAGUAUUUGAGUGGUUCCUUGGGCCACUCUUAGUCAUGAAGGAGCAAAUAAAAAAGCUACAGUUGACAGAAGAUGAAGAAAGUAGCCUGCGGACGUUGGUAAUGGUGUGCAAAAAUGAAAGAACGGAGGAAUGGGAUAACACGGGAUUUCCAUCCACCGAUGCUGUGAGGAGAGCACAAUUGCAAGCCGUAAUUAGGAGGUUGCAGGGGAUUGUUGGUUCGUUAUCUCGGGUACCUACAUUCAGAAGACGCUUCAAGAAUUUGGUGAAGGUAUUGUAUUUGGAAGCAAUCCAGAUUGGUCUUGUGGCUGAUACUGAUGGUGGAAGCUCAAAAGCUGGACAUGGAUGGCAACAACGUUUAAAGGGGGACAAGACAAAUAGAGACGAGGGAGAACAAAGUGAGCAAAGCAGCCGAGAUGGUGAUAGUAUUGUUUGACAGUUUCUUUAGGCAUAAUGUCCUCAUUGCUGGUCCAUGUAAAAUGUGUAGUACUUAGGCACUUACAAAGCAGCUUUGAUUGUGUACAUUUGGUUUAUUGAGUAGGCUUCUUUUUGUUUUAGCUUCUCU